AUGGAUUCCCCCCGAAACAAUUCUCAACUUGACCGCGUCACCGACCGCCUCGCCCUCUAUCAGCAACAAAUCUCCCCCACCCUGCACUCCAAAAAUUCCAAAGACUCAGAAAGAACCAACCAACAACCAACCAUGGCUGCCCGUGACCCCAUCACUUGUCAUUGCCUCAACACACUUUCAGGUACACCGGCCGCAAAUCUGCCAGUGACCUUGACCCUCCUUUCCGGCCCCGCGUCUGCCAACGGAGCCACAUUCCGUGCAACCACCAACGCCGAUGGCCGUGUAGCCAACUGGACACCCAUUGGAACCACUGAGGAGUCUGUUCCUGCUAUCUUGGCUGGGCUUGAUACAGCAGAUACCAAGACGAACUGGUCUGUGCGCUUUGACGUUGGCCCCUGGUACGAGGCCCAGGGUGUUGAGAGCUUCUGGCCAGAGGUCGAGGUCAAGUUCACUGUUAAGGGUCGUGGGCGUGAGGGUGAGGAGGGAUGGCGCCACUACCAUGUGCCCGUUCUGCUGGGUCCUUGGAACUACUCCACUUACCGGGGUUCAUAA